GACGCCCUCAUCGAUGGCGUCGCCUCAGCAUUAUCUCGUUUAUGACGAGGAGGGCACCACGACGGAUCAUAAAAUGGAGGACGAUCGAUUGGACCUAGGAACGGAAACUGUUGCAGUCUCAGCAAAUCCAGGAACUGGUAUCGGAGUUGGUCUUGGUCUUGGAGUCGGUGGUUCUGGAGCCUAUACUGGCGGUGGAUUCGCCGGCUACUGGCAACACUCCACAACAACUGGAUAUUUACCGAUAUUCGACUGGGGUUCGAAUUCCAUUGCCGGAACUCAAUCCUUAGCUUUUCCCAAAGACGAGAAUCGAAGUCAAUGAAAUUUAAAAUUCCUCACUUUUAUAGCAGAGUGAUCAGUUAAAUUUUUUGACGAUCUGAUUCUAUCAUUCAAAUUCUGUAACAGGGUUGCCACAAAAAUUUAAUUUUGUCCUGACUUUUCCCUGAUUUCCAGAUUUUUUCCUCAAUGAUUUUGACUUUUUCCCUGACCCGAAAUGAUUUACUCUAAAAAUUAUUGGAU